AAAAUAUAUAACGUAUAAACUAAGUUUAACGUUGGAGUAUAAAAUAGUAUUUUCGUUUUUCAUGUUGCCACGUCUGUUUUCGGUUUACUCACAGUACUAAAAACAUCGUAUUGAAACCGCUGUAUAUAAUCCUUAUGCGUGUAUAUACAGGGUUUUAUGGUAAUCACCUAGGCGAUGGGAAAGUUGAGAGGGAAAGUCUAUUUUUAAUGUCUAUUUCAGAUAUUAGAAAGAUUUAAAUGUACAGAAAACAGACACUUUUUUAUAAAUCGAUUUUUAAUGUAAAUAUAAUGCUGCGCGCGAAUGAACGGUUGCACGUGGCAGUAACUGUGAUCAACACUCAAUGAAGCAGGUGCGUUUUGCCAAUGGCGAUGGUUCAGACAGCGAGUCUUUGGAGAAAGAGAUCAAAGCCGAAAUAAACGGCGACCUCCCGAUCCAGCUGAAGAUUUUACCCCUCACUGAGCAAAUCCGUGAACUACAGACCAUAAUCAGGGACAAAACCACAAGUAGAGGCGACUUUGUGUUCAGUGCUGACAGACUGAUUAGACUUGCUGUUGAAGAAGGACUCAAUCAGCUGCCUUAUACUGAGUGCACAGUGACUACACCCACAGGUCAGAAGUAUGAAGGUGUCAAAUUUAAGCGAGGCAACUGUGGCGUCAGUAUAAUGAGAAGUGGUGAAGCGAUGGAGCAAGGCCUAAGGGACUGCUGUCGAUCUAUCCGCAUCGGCAAGAUUCUCAUACAGACUGAUGAGGAGACGCUGAAAGCUAAAGUAUACUAUGCAAAGUUCCCACCGGACAUCUACAGAAGAAAAAUCCUGCUCAUGUACCCUAUACUGAGUAGCGGGAACACUGUCAUCGAAGCGGUACGAGUGCUGAUCGAUCACGGCGUCCAGCCUUUGCACAUCAUCCUCCUGAGCCUUUUUUCUACUCCUCACGGGGUUAAAUCAAUUGUUGAAGAGUUUCCAGAACUCACCAUCCUCACCACUGAAGUCCAUUCUGUAGCUCCAACUCACUUUGGACAGAAAUACUUUGGUACAGACUGAUUUUUCAUUUGGAAUUAUAAGCCUUAAUACGGUAUAAUACGGUUUGCAUUAUAAUUGUUCGAAGUGCCUUAGUAUAGUAUGUUAGAAGUGCAGAGGAGGAUUAUUUAAUGCAGUGCUUCUGUAAGUAGGGUUGGUGAAGCAUAGCUAGAGGACUGUGUUGUUGUUUUUUUUUGUCCUAUUCACCAUUAUAGAAUUUUGACUGUUUAUUUUUUAUUUGAAGGGUUUAUUCUUAAGAUUUAAUGGGCAGGAUGCACUGGAUUAAUGAAAUUCCAGUGAUUGGAAUAGCUACAGUAGUGUACAUCAUAAAUACAAAUAGGUGGCAGAAGAAAGGAAAGUGUUGUAGUAAACUGCUGUUCCACAAUGAGUCUUCAGUGAGUCUUGAGCAUCCAUACUACAAAUCUCUGAACAGUACUGGAGGGUUACUUGAAUGACUUGUUUAUGGCUAUUAAUAUGACACGUAAGCUGCUGCUCUGGUGUUUAACCUAACCACUUUCACUUUCCUAGCUCCACGAACUAACGAGACAUGUUUCUGAAUCAGACAAUAAAUGCUUACUUCAUUGCCCAAUCA